GAUUAAUGGACAGCCCUAAUUGCAACAGAUACCCGCGUGCCCAGUUGAGCUGCAGAAUGGUCUGUGGAUUCUGUAGCACAUAGCAGGUGACUGAGUCCAGGACCCUGUUUUGAGAAGUACAGGGAUGAAUUCACAAUCCUCCAGAAAUAAACCCCUCCCCAUUUUGUGCUCACAGGAGAGAGGAACUCUCCACUGUGAUGAGAUUCUUCUCCUUCUUGAGGGCUGGCUGGGGGGACUCCCUGCUACGCCCUCGUGGGGAGGGGUCCUGUCUCAGCCAGGAUGCCUUUUGUGGAGUGGGGUGAGGAGUUUCCUCCUUCUCAGGACUGACUCACUCUGCUGACUUACUGCUCCCGGCCUGCUGCCUUGGAAGCGAAGAGCCUGAGCACCAAAGCUGGGUCUCUAUUGGCAGAAGAGAGCAUGGAUCCUAGAGCUCCUGGGUCAGUGUGAAAUGGGCACAGUAACAUUGACUGGGAAAUAAUGCUGGGAGACACUGGCAGUGGGAGCAGGAGGUUAGCACUUGCAAACCAGUUUGCACCCCACUUCCCCUCAAUGUUACUUUCUCUGCUGGGGGACCGGAGGGCUCCAGGGCUUUGUAGGGGAAUGUGGAGUUUUUUUCUAAGCUCCUGUUCCGUGGCCUCUGCAAUGAGAGUUUUUUGUGUUCUCGGUUCCAUUCCUAAGGGACAGGUGUUCACACCGAAGCAACCAGAAUUGGCACUAGCUGGCCCCUUCAGAGGCAGUCUCAGCAGAGAGUGGGACCUGGAAACCAACCUCCCUUCUUCUCCUCUGCUGAGGUGACCGCCCCUGUCAGGACUCAGGGUUCAUGCCGGCAGCUUUCUCACAUGGAGGAUGAAGGGACAGAGUAAUGGUCUGAAGAAUUCGCCUGCCAGCUGCCCCCCACAGUUGUCCGUCACAACUAGUACUGAAGAUGAUCCGGAGCAGCCCGAGCUCACUCCCAGCAGAGCCCUGUCUGCAGGUGAUGACUCCUCAGAGCUUCAGGGGGUGGCUGCGUUGGACAAUGCGGAUCAGCCAGACCACUCUACCAUCCAAGGGAGAGGAGCUCUGUCGAGGAUAGUCCGGCUGGUCGUGGUGCUUAGAGACUGGGCUAACAAAAGCUUGCGGGAGGAGGAGCAAAGGCCAGACUCGUUUCUCGAGCGGUUCCACGGGCCGGAGCUCCAGACUGUGACUGAAGGAGAUGGCAACGUCCAAGGGGACCAGGAAAAGGACGGCAGCAAACGCAAAAAGAAGAAAUGGGAGCUGUUUGUGGUGGAUCCUGCUGGGGACUGGUAUUACCACUGGCUGCUUGUCAUUGCAGUGCCCGUCCUUUAUAACUGGUGCUUGCUUGUGGCAAGGGCCUGUUUCAGUGACCUCCAGAGGGACUACUGGAUCCAUUGGCUGGUGCUGGACUAUGUCUCGGACUGUAUCUACAUCGCCGAUAUUGUCAUUCGACUGCGCACAGGUUUUUUGGAACAGGGUCUGCUGGUCAGGGACCCAAAGAAACUACGGGAUAACUACAUCACCACCUUACAAUUCAAACUGGACGUCCUCUCCAUCCUGCCAACAGACCUGGCCUACCUUGCAGUGGGAUUACAUCAGCCUGAACUACGCUUCAACCGGCUGCUGCACUUCUCCCGCAUGUUUGAGUUCUUCGACCGGACUGAGACCAGAACCAGCUACCCAAAUAUCUUCAGGAUCAGCAACCUGGUUCUCUACAUCCUGAUCAUCAUCCAUUGGAACGCCUGUAUUUACUAUGCCAUCUCCAAGGCCAUUGGGUUUGGGACGGACACCUGGGUGUACCCCAAUAUCACCGACCCUGAGUAUGGCUAUCUUGCCAGAGAAUAUGUCUACUGCCUCUACUGGUCCACUCUGACCCUGACCACCAUUGGGGAGACCCCGCCCCCUGAGCGCGACGAGGAGUACCUCUUCGUCAUUGUCGACUUCCUCAUCGGUGUCCUCAUCUUUGCCACCAUUGUGGGGAAUGUUGGAUCCAUGAUCUCCAACAUGAAUGCUACCAGGGCAGAGUUCCAGGCCAAGAUAGAUGCCAUCAAGCACUACAUGCAGUUCCGCAAGGUCAGCAGGCACAUGGAGGCCAAAGUUAUCAAGUGGUUCGACUAUCUGUGGACCAACAAGAAGGCUGUGGAUGAGCGUGAGGUCCUCAAGAACCUCCCUGACAAGCUGAGGGCGGAGAUUGCCAUCAACGUCCACCUGGAGACUUUGAAGAAGGUGAGGAUUUUCCAGGACUGUGAGGCUGGUCUGCUGGUGGAACUGGUGCUGAAACUUCGACCACAGGUUUUCAGUCCAGGAGAUUACAUUUGCCGAAAGGGGGACAUCGGCAAGGAGAUGUACAUCAUCAAGGAAGGAAAGCUGGCUGUGGUGGCGGAUGAUGGUGUGACCCAGUACGCUUUACUCACCGCGGGAAGCUGCUUUGGCGAGAUCAGCAUCCUCAACAUCAAAGGGAGCAAAAUGGGCAACCGGCGCACGGCCAACAUCCGAAGCCUUGGCUACGCCGAUCUCUUCUGCCUGUCGAAGGACGACUUGAUGGAAGCAGUGACCGAGUACCCUGAUGCCAAGCGGGUCCUGGAGGAGCGUGGCCGAGAGAUCCUGAUCAAGGAAGGGCUUCUGGAUGAGUCUGCGGCCGCAGAGAGCACGGAAGGGAAGGACACAGAGCAGAAGCUGGAGAGUCUGGAGUCCCACCUGGACACGCUGCACACCCGUUUUUCCCGGCUCCUGACUGAGUACAAUGCUGCCCAGCUGAAGCUCAAACAGCGCAUCACUGUCUUGGAGUCCAGGGUAAAGCAGUACAACCAGGAUGAAUUCUUCUCGGACAGUUCAGACAGCCCCCUGGAGGAAGAAGAAGAAGCUAAAUCCAAAGGGCAGGAGUGAGGGCCACAGAUGUCAGCUCUGGCUGUGUCCUGCAUGGUGCUGAGAUGGUAUUUCCAGGAACGCAUUGCUCCCAAUGCCUUGUACGAGACUUAUCUUGAACCCCUAGAGGUGCUGCUGCCGGCCUUGGAUGGCUGGGAACUGAGUAGAGAGGAGACAGGUGACUCCAGUAGCUCUCACUCAGGUGUAUCUCUCUCCUUGCUGCCUUUAUCCAAGACCUCACAGAUCAGUAAAAGCAUGAGACUGACCUCUGCUGCUGCUAACAUUUCCUUUGAGCUCCUGCAGGGAGCCUGCUGUCCUCUUUCUGGCCUUAGAGAUCAGGACUCCAGUAACUCAGCACCUUGUACAUGGGAGUCAGUGGGGACUCGUGGGCCCCGGCAUGGCCUAGAUGGGGGUGCAUAAGCAUUGAUGUAGUCAGAGAUCUUCACUUCUUCUCCCUUUUUUGAUGGGGCUGGUGAGGAGGAUGCCCUUUUGUUAUCUGAUGGGAAAGCUGGUCCUUCUAAACCGCAAGAGAGAAACUGAACCAUAAACCAGAUGCUCAUUAAUGUAAUUUUGGUAUCUGCUUUUAUAACACACUCACUAUGUUAUGUAAA